AUGGAUAUCAAGAAGAAAUUGGUGGAUUCUGAAGAAGAUGAGCUCCGGAAAGUGGCGUUCGUCGCCAUUGUUGUCAGCGCUGCCGCUGGAAUAAUGUGCAUCAUUUUGAUUCCCGGACUCUACACAUAUCUUCAAUAUAUUCAGAGUUCCGUUCAGAGUGAUGUCGGAUUCUGUGUUGAUGGCGCAAAAAAUCUCGAAAAUAUGUAUCAAUCGACGAAAGAUUCCGACUCAAAACUUGUAAAAAGACAGUCCGGAUAUGGCUCCGCCCCUAAUCGGUCUUCUGGAAGCCGUCCGGCUCCAUCUCCUUACGACGCCGCUGCCACGUCAUCUUCCUCGUCUUCUGAUUCUUGUUGCAGCUGUGGAAUCGGGUUGGCUGGACCACAAGGAUUCCCGGGAAGUCCUGGAAGAGACGGACAAGAUGGACCAGCCGGAAGACCUGGACAAGACGGAAGAGAUUUGGAUGGAGGCGCUUCGGAUGGCUCUGAAUUCGAGAUUGAUUGCCCUGCUGGACCACCGGGAGCUCCUGGAAACCAGGGACCACCAGGAAGUGCGGGAAGACCUGGAAUGGAUGGAGUUCCAGGAAGAAAUGGAAGAUGUGGACGGCCAGGAGAGCAAGGAGAACGUGGACCGAACGGAGAAGAUGGGCGGCCUGGAAGACGUGGAGACGAUGGACAACCUGGAGAAGUCAGAGACGUUCCGGCUCCUGCUGGACCACCGGGACUUCGUGGAGCACCGGGAGGACCGGGACCAAUGGGACCACGUGGAAAUGAUGGAAGACCUGGAAAUAAGGGACCAGCAGGACCUCCAGGAGAUCAAGGAUUCGAUGGAGCACCAGGAGGACCUGGAGCCGAUGGAGAGCCUGGAGCACAAGGACCACUCGGUGCUGCUGGUGGAUGCUCGCACUGUCCACCACCCAGAACUGCUCCAGGAUAUUAA